AUGAACAUCAGUAUUCUUCUAAAAGCGGCUAACUCUAACGACGAAUUACGUAGCCAUAAUUCUGGAAACCUGUCAGCAAACAAGCACACUGUACGACCAGAAGAUUCGACAGGUGUCAAGAAACAACGCUUAGGCAACCAGGUUUACGGGGCUGUAUGUGGAUAUGUGGACGAUUGCGGCCUCACGGAGGAGCUUCAGUUCAAGUUUACGACGAAGGAGCUGGAAAGCUUCUCCAUUGGUGCAAAUCAAAAUAUAAAGGCGCGACGACGGUGGAAAGGACAUUUAACGGGCAGCGACGGACGCGUCAACAUAAUUCAGUCGAUACUUGCAAGUGUUAUAAAUUAG